AUGCUGGUUCUAUCUGUGCUGUGCGUCCUGAGCUGUGCGUGGGGGCACUCCGAGGCGGCCUCCCGGCUCAAGUCCCCCGCGCUGCCCAUCCAGUCCGAGAGAGAGCCGCUCCCCUCCAAGGGCUUGUCAGGAUGCUCAUUUGGAGGACGCUUCUAUUCCCUGGAAGACACAUGGCACCCGGAUCUAGGCGAACCGUUCGGAGUCAUGCACUGUGUCCAAUGCAACUGUGACCCGCAGAAGAGUCGAAGAGGCAAAGUUUUCGGGAAAGUCAACUGCAAAAAUAUCAAACAGGACUGUCCCAAUCCAGACUGCGAUGACCCGGUUCUUUUGCCAGGCCAUUGUUGUAAAACUUGCCUUAAAGUCGUUCACGGCAAGAAACACACAGACUCCGUGCUGGAUACGUUCGAGUAUUUCCACGAAAAGGGCAAGGACAAAGACGACGACCUGCACAAAUCCUACAACGAUAGAUCCUACCUCAGCUCGGAGGACGUGGGCCCAGGAGAGAGCCGCACCGAUUUUGUGGCUCUGUUGACGGGAAUAAAAGACUCAUGGUUGCCGAGCUCCAGCGGCGUGGCCCGGGCUCGCUUCACUCUGACCAGGAACAGUUUGGCUUUCUCCGUCACAUACCAAAGAAUGGGUCGUCCGUCCAAAAUAGUCUUCCUCGGUGCGGACGGUCCUGCCUUCGAAUACAAAGUCCCAAAGGGAAAUUCAGACAUGGUCUGCGGAGUGUGGAAGAACCUCGCUAAGCCCCUGCUCCGACAGCUGCAGUCCGAACAAAUGCGGAUCACCAUGACCACGGCCAGCACCAGACGCGACGAAGUGGAGGGAAAGAUUAUCAAACACAGAGCACUGUUCGCUGAAACUUUUAGCACUAUUCUAACGUCAGAAGAAGAAAACUCGGGAAUGGGAGGCAUCGCUAUGUUGACUCUCAGUGACACCGAGAACAACCUGCACUUCAUUCUCAUCCUGCAGGGCCUCAUCAAGCACGACGGGAAGGAGCCGCUGGUGGUGCCCAUCAAAGUACAGAUGGUUUAUCGUCAACACGUAUUGAGGGAGAUCCGCGCCAACGUCACUUCACAUGAUCCAGAUUUUGCAGAGGUGCUUACAGACCUGAACAGCAGAGAGCUCUUUUGGCUGUCAAGGGGUCAACUCGCCAUCGCCGUGACGACCGAGGGCCACGAUCCCAAACUGGUGUCCGGCUUCAUCACCGGACGAAAAUCAUGCGACACCCUUCAGAGCGUGAUGUCCAGCGGCGACGCCCUCAUGCCCGUCAAAACCGGAGGAGUCGGUUCUGCCAUCUUCAAUCUCCACGACAACGGGACGCUGGAUUAUCAGGUGCAGGUGGCCGGUCUCACCAGCACCGUCUUGGGCCUGACCAUCGAGCAGAAGCCUCGACGCCGGAACAAGCGGUCGGUGCUGUACGAUCUGACCCCAGAGUACAGCGUGGCGAGCGGGCAGGCGGUGGGCAGCUGGAGCCGGCUGGAGGCCCGCCACAUCCACAUGCUGCUGCAGAACGAGCUCUUCAUCAACGUGGCCACGGCGCACAACCAGGACGGCGAGCUCAGGGGGCAGAUCAAGGCUUUGUUCUACAGCGGACUGGACGCCCCGAGACAUGAGCUGCCGACUCCCCUGGCCGGGUUCUUCGUGUCUCCGCCCGUCAGGACCGGGGCCUCGGGACACGCCUGGGUGUCUGUGGACAAUAACUGUCACCUUCAUUAUGAGAUCGUCGUGGCCGGACUGAGCAAAGCCGACGACCUCACCGUGAACGCACACCUGCACGGACUCGCCGAGAUCGGAGAGCUCGACGACACCAGCGCCACGCACAAACGACUGCUGACGGGAUUCUACGGAUCACAGGCUCAAGGUGUUUUGAAAGACAUGAGCUCUGAAUUACUGCAACAUCUGGACCAAGGAACGGCUUUCAUCCAAGUCAGCACCAAGAUGAACCCGAGAGGAGAGAUCCGAGGACGGGUCCAUGUCCCCAACAGCUGUGAGUUGGGGCAGAGGAGCGGCACAGAGGAGCCGGAGGUGGAGGAGGUGGUGUACAAAGACCCCGAGGAGCUGAAGAAGGACCCUCACACCUGCUUCUUCGAGAACUCGCACCACGCUCACGGCUCGCGCUGGACUCCCAACUAUGACAAGUGCUUUUCCUGCAGCUGCCAGAAGAAAACUGUCAUCUGCGACCCCGUGAUCUGCCCCAUCCUGACUUGCCCCAAGACGGUGCUGCUGGACGGACAGUGCUGCCCGCUCUGUGAUGACAAGAAAGAGCCGAAAGACACAAAGACCACAGAUAAAGCUGCCGAGAACCCAGAAGGCUGUUACUUUGAAGGAGACCAGAAAAUGCACGCACCAGGAACCACAUGGCACCCAUUCGUUCCUCCUUUUGGCUACAUCAAAUGCGCAGUCUGUACUUGUAAGGGUUCGACUGGCGAGGUGCACUGUGAGAAAGUGACCUGUCCCGCUCUGACCUGCAGUCAUCCUGUACGACGAAACCCCUCCGACUGCUGUAAGGAGUGUCCCGAGGAGGAGAAGGUCCCGGCUCUGGAGCACAGCGACAUGAUGCAGGCUGACGGCCCUCGACACUGCAAGUUUGGCAAAAACUAUUACCAAAACAGCGACAACUGGCACCCACGGGUCCCUCUGGUGGGAGAGAUGAAGUGCAUCAACUGCUGGUGUGAUCACGGAGUCACAAAAUGCCAACGAAAGCAAUGUCCGAUAUUAACUUGCACUAGCAUCACCCGGAAGGAGGGCGCUUGCUGUCCCGAAUGCACUGACCCCAUAGAAGACGACGAUAUUGUAAUGAAAACUCCAGACAAGAGACAAAACUGGAGACACUGA